AUGAAAGGCUUCGUGUCACGUUCGCGCGUAUGGCUUGGACAUAUUGAUUCUCUUCAUCAGUUGGAGCUCCGCACGCCCUCGCGUCUCGAGUUGCCAUACCUCACUGACCAAGCAAACGGGCCUACUCCCUUUCAACCACAGCGGCAACGUAUGGGGCUGCACCAAAGUUACUGCCAAAUAUGCAGAUAUUCCUCAAGUGAAGAAGACCUUCGUCAGGUUGCCAACAUAAAGCAAGCUCAAGUGGUCCCACUGAAUGGUGCGUCCAACUACGCAGUACCAAGUACUAUCCCUUUCUUUACAAUGAGCGAUAUUCACAAGGAGAUCUUGCAAAAGCAUUACAGGAGAACGCUACUGGAACAACGGCCGGAUGUAUUCCAUAAGACAAUGUUGAUGUGCAUACAGUCAAGUCCGAAACUAAACGAAAUCAUCGCCUGCCAAAUGUAUUGUUAUCGGGACCUGACAAAAUGGCCCAAACUCAAUAAGCUGAGUCAAGCCCAGUGCUCCUUCUUCGAUCGCCUAAUCUGUGAACUUCACCUCGACAGCAUCGCAGUAUCCGAGGCAGUGUAUCAGUUGGGCAUAAUACACUAUCGGUUUGCUCAGUACGGUCUUAAGCCCCAUUUCCUUGAUAUAUGGAGGCAGCAUUUUGAAGACCUCCUCCAGAAGGUCAAAUUCGAGGAUUCCAGUGAAAAAGCAAUAUUUAUCGAAGCCAUGAAGAUUCUGGCACGUUAUGUGGGUGAGACCAUGAAUCUUGCCUACUCCAGAUGCCAGCAAAAUGCUGCUCUAAAAGCCAAGGAAGAAAUGGACAAGUCUUUAUUUGGAACAGCUGAUGCCAAAUUGAGUAUUUUGGAUCUUUCAGUACUUGGUACUUUCGUCGUUCACUGUACUAUGUCAUGUAUCGCAGAGCUAAAGAAGCUUCUAUCGUCCGAAUUUUCCUCCAUGGAAGACAUUUCCAAUGAAUGGGUGCAAUCAAGUAUCGAUGGUAAUUAUCAUGAGUUUGCUACUAUCUCUGCAAUCUUCAAGCCGUCGUUCUACGAGGACGAUCGUGCCACAAUGCGACUUCGACAAUUGAGCAAUAGCCUUGAGAGGUUUUUGGAGGAUUGUGAUGACUCUGAAAUUUGGACUGAAAUGACGAAUAUAGAAUUAUCGGGAAAACAGCUUUGCGUUUUGCUUUGGUAUGCAGUGGAGUGGGCGCUUGAAAAAGAUAGCACAUUUGACGCAUUCGAAAAAGGAGUUUUGGCAUCAUGCGCAUAUCUUCGUCUUGCCAGCAUCACAGGAUCAAAUGCUUAUUCAAUAUUCAAUCCCCAUCUCUAUCAGAAAUGUCUCCUUCUAUUUCGUUCACUUUACCGUUGCCUCACCUACGAUGCACGUGCGAUGACAAGCACUACAAAGCAGAAACAGAAAAGAAAGCGACAAGAAGUAACGAACGAUAAUGUGGAGUCGGCAGAAGAGACCUUUGCGGCAGCGUUUUUUGACAAAGGGGAAGUCAAACAUCUACUGGAGAUGUCCACGGAAGCGCUGUUCACUUUUUUGAACAAAGUACCACUCUCUGGUUAUUCUGGAAUGUCUCAUGAGACGGCAGUGCUGAUUCGUGACUUGGGUAGAAUCGACAUCCAAACUAAUGCAAAGGUCGGAAUCGUAAAGAGCUUGGUCAUUUUCAAGGAUUUGCGGAAAUUUGUUGACCGAUCCUUCGCGCUCAUGCAUCUUUUGAUAGAUGAACGUCAUACGCCUGAUGGCUAUAUAGUCUAUUCGCGCAUAGUCUACCCAAGACUUGCUUAUUGGACAUUCGACUGCGCUGUGAUUCCUUCUUCCUCUACUAUCCCAGUCAUUUUCAACGUCUGGAAAGACCUUAUGGUUGCAUUCAUCAAAGAGAGAGCGCAAGUGGGGAACUUGCGCGAGCUCACGACUGCUUUCAAGGUCUUGGAAAACUUGUAUCAAAGGUGCACCGAUAGAUUGGAUUAUCGCACUCGUUUGGCCCAGUCUGUAUUCAGUGUUCUGCAAGUCCUUCCACGGAUUUUUCACUAUGAGUUUGUACAGCGAAUCGACUGCUUCUCAAGAAGUCAGAAGGUUUCUGUCAGAAACUUCACCACCGAAAUUACUCCCUUGAUACUCACUAAUUUCGUUUUUACCGAUCCGGAACCAGGUUUUUACGAUGAAAUGGACAACAUUUACGUCAAUACGGUUGGCGUGGAAGCCAAUACAACCUCCAGGAGUAGUAUUCCACCAGAAGAUGAGCAGAAUGUAGAUGGUGAUAAGUCGGAUUCUGAGAGUGAUUCGAGUGAAAGGCAGAAAAGUAAAGACCGUUGUGGGCUACAUGGCGGUUCUUCUUCUGAAACUGGAAAGCGUGGAGAAACUUUGCCCAAGAAAACACCUGAACGAGUUCCCGUGCUGCCUGCUCUUUACACUUGCAUAAUUCGUUGUUGCCUUGAUAAGGCCUCGUCUGUUCGUGUGAGAGCAAUGUACCAUCUAGCGGCACUGUUGAGCCAUGUCGAACUUCGCGUUCAGUUAUGUAACCGUGCUACGCUUAUGUUCGAAGAGUCGCCAAAAAUUUUUGUGGGUGGGUUCAAUGUUAACGAAAAAGAAGCUGAAGAGGACGAAGAAGAAAUUGAUGAAAUGAUGUUCCUUGACGAUUCGGAGAUCACUAUUGACAACGUCAUGUUACAUAUUAUUCUCACAGGGAUUGGCGAUGAUACGGCUGGAGUCCGCAAAUACUCUCUUAUGGCACUACAGGCUUUCUUUCCCUCUUUAGAGCAACCUCACGAAGUCGCUAGUGCUGUGGAGUGUGUGAAGGAUCGCUGUUUAGACAGCUCUUUGAUGGUAAGGAAGCAAGCAGCAGAAGUACUCAGCUAUCUUUUCAAUACGUUCUCGCAACAUCGGGAAGCGCUUUUGAACGCUUGGUUAGGUGCCGUUCUUCCUAUGAUAAACGACAGUGAGCAAAGUGUUCAACAGUUAAUCUCACAGACUGUGACGAAAACGGUAUUGGAUCCGCUUCUUGGCCUCGCAGAUGACACUAAGUUGUGGAAGUUACUGCAUGCAGUUGAGAUGGAAAAUAAUAACCGUCGGCUGUUGGCUCGUGCCUUCACACACCAGCAUCUGGAGAAAAACGUAGCAUCUGACAUUGUUAAAGCAUUGAAUCAUAAACUCGACGAAUGCCCAGAACACAGCAAUGUUAUUUGGAUGCUUCUCGCCGACUUGGGCACCAUUCUAAAGGUGGAACCCCACAAGGCUGUUUCAGCAUGGUAUGCUUUUGAAGACGAUGAUCAGAACAGUAGAGUUCGCUAUGUAACGCAAGUGCUUGCGAGAGGUUCUGCCAGUAUUACAAAAAAUGACAAAAAAAGCUUGAUAGGUGACUUCGAAAACAAAAUCGCUAACUUCAGAAUUCACGCGCCGAACAUCUCCUCCGCUUACUGUUGCCUCGCGGAAUUGUUGGAUGGUGUUCGAGAAGAAGGCGCAGGAAAGAGUAGGCUCAAAAGUUUCGGUAAACAAGUUUUGAAUACUUGUCGCGUAAAGAUUCGUGAGUCUCUUCUUGCAAUAGAGGAGGAGUUAGAUGAAGAAAACAGUCAAAGGUUGGCGCUUCGCGAAAUCCUUCUUAUUCGUAUGGUGGUCACGAUUGGGGAGGUAGUCCAGCUAUCUCCGGAACUCAUGCGUACGGGUCUUCGCCACUUCGAUGCGCUGAAAACAGUGUUGGCUUCUGACAUCUUUAACGAUGACGAACUUCCGGUCAUCAACUCUGCUGUUCCAUCACUUGCUCCAUCGCCAUCUUCCUCUCGCGCUCCUUCACCAGCUCAGUCUGUUGCAAGUAGCGAAGGGGGGUCGUCGCAGCCAGCGUCAUCAGCUUCUCAACCAACAUCUGUCCAGAGUGGGCCAGUGAUUCCUCAGCAUAUUGUCAAAGAGGCUAUGAGUAACCGACGUCCCCUCCUCACGGCCCCGGUGCGAGCAUACGCUGUUUGUACCAUAGGGAAAUUCUGCUUAAUGGAUGAGAAAAUUGCAAAGGCAACAAUCCCUGUAUUCGUUAAGCAGUUGAAGUUGAAUCCUGAUCAUGUGAUCAGAAAUAAUAUAGCGAUGGUCGUUUGCGAUCUGUGCAAAAGGUACACUCUGAUGGUAGAUCGUUACUCACCCAUAGUGGCCGCUUGUCUCAAAGACAGAUCUACGCUAGUGCGUCAACAAGUUUUGGAGUCGCUGACUUCUCUGAUCAAGGAGCAGUACAUCAGAUGGGAAGGACAGAUAAUGUAUCGUUUCGUGUCCACUAUCUUGGACGAAAAUGAAAUCAUUAGCGAUUAUGCGAAGUUCUGUUUGCGUGAUGUGCUGCUGCUGCAGUUCCCUAGCUUAUUCGAGAACCAUUUCAUUGAAUGUUUGAUGUAUUUCAAUAAUGUUCCCAUGGAUUCUGAAAGAGAAGCUGCCAAUCCGCUUGACCAGGCUCAUAGAGUUUGUCUUCAUGGACUUGAAAACCUGGAAAACCGCAUGGCAAUUUACAAGUUCAUGAUAAGCACGUUUGAUGAUCCGCGCAAAUUCACCCUCAUGGCUCAAAUCUGUACUCAAAUUUUUUGUCCACUCAUGAACGGCAAGAUAAAGUACGAAGACCGCGCCGUGCAGGAUCUCGUGAAAGACGCUUUGUUGGUAAUGUCUCUGAGGGAAAUUAAGCUAAACAUGGAUGUGGGCAGAACUCCAGAUGAAGAGGAAGAACCACCAACAGCUGUUGUGGCUGCGGCGAAAGACAUAAUUGUUAAUGCAUUUCGCAAAGCCAUGCUCGAUUACGUUAUGCCAACACUUCUCGACCUACGCAUGUACCUCAAUGAACGACGUUCCGGAUUACGAAAAUAUCUCUAUGCUGUUUUUCGCGUUAUCUGCCGUGAACACAAGGAACAAAUCGACGCUUUCUUGGAUGGAGAUCAACAGCUCAAGGCAGAAGUUGAGUACGACAUCCGGAAGUAUGAGCAGCAUCUACGCGCGGAACGCGCCGCUGUCAAACGCCGUGCAGAGAAAGCUGCUCUGGAAAGGCGGCUUUCUAGAAGAUCACUUGGAGCCGCCAGGCAUCCUGAUAACCAUCAGGCGCUGGACAUCGGUACAAGUGUGAGGAAUAGUGGAAGGGAUUUAGCAGAGGACCUGAAAAUGAAUGAAGAAAAGGAAUAUUCCAGUCAUAAGUCAGAGGACAGUAUGGGAAGAAGUAAUGCAGCCGGCGCCGUUCCUGUCAUCCCCUUUGGUGAAAGUGCACCACAGAGAGACGCCGUGACUGAAGGCAUAAAGAAUAGCGAAAAUGAGGACAAGGAUCAUGGUCAGGAUCAUGCAGAAACCGCUGAAAAGGAGAACUUCGUUAAACCAAGUGGCAGCAUUCUGCAAAAUCAGUCUAGGCCACUAGCCUCAGCAUCAUCCAGAUCUGCAGAUCAAUUAGCUGCCAGAACGCCGAUGUCGUCAACGAUAUCAUCCGCCUACAAUGGUUGGUGCGCUCGUGCUGCUUCUACCCCCGUGAAAGAAUCUGGUGAUUUGACCUUUGCGGACCUUAAUCUAUCCGCCAUCCCUUCUAGUUCGGAAGAAUCACUGAAAUUUGUUAAGAAAUCAGUCCGUGAACGAACAUUGCUUACCAAAGUGGACGAGGGAACAUCCUGUGACAAUGAAGAAGUAUAAUCUACUUCUUUGAUGCAAGCUAAAUUCGUGUGUUCAAUCUGUCCAAAACUAGCGACUCUUCUAAUACGAGUUUCAUGAUAAUAUCUGUACUUUGUUCGGACCACGGCUCAGUUUUUUUUUGAAAGAAUAACUAGGCUAUUCGUAACGCAAAGACUGCGGACAUAUCGGCUUCUCACUGAUCGAGCGCUCUUUCGUUUCUCUUACCAUCUGCUGUCUAUCCCAUCCACAAGCUAUCUUGGCCGGACGCAAUGGCGCCCAGUCUUUGCGUGUCAUGAAUCGUGUAUACCAUUCUAUGUAAUUUUGGGCUUCAAUCACAUCAUUAUUUUUCCACUGUCAAAUAUUGAGUGAAAUAUCUGACACACUUUUUCAGCGAAUUUUAUGUUGUUAAACCUUGUAUCUCAUGCUGCGUGUGACUCGAGAUUGAGGCUGAAAUGAUGUUUGCUUUAUCUCUGCUAUAAUUCUUGAGCGUGGGGAGGUUUCUUUUUUGCAUAUUGUAUUCAUCUUUGAGAUUCUGAUGUCUGUAAUAAAGUUUGGU